AAUGAGAAAGAAACCAUGAAACAUCUAAAUGAUCGACUGGCUUCCUACCUUGAGAAGGUUCGAUCUUUGGAACAAGAAAAUGCCCAACUUGAGAGGAAUAUAAGAGAGUGGUAUGACAGGAACCAACCCAGCAGCCUUCCUGAUUUCAGCAGCUACUUUAGAACUAUCCAGGACCUUCAAAGCCAGAUAUCUUCUACCACUAUGGAAAAUGCCAGAAUUGUGCUGCAAAUCGACAAUGCCAGACUGGCUGCUGAUGACUUCAAGAAUAAAUAUGAGAUGGAGCUUAGACUUAGAAACAACGUUGAGUCUGAUGUUAAUGGCUUGCGUCGUGUCCUAGAAGAGCUAAAUCGGGAGGUAUGUGACUUGGAGAGUCAAGUCCAAAACCUUCAAGGGGAGCUUCUACAGAUGAAGAGGAGCCACGAGGAGGAAGUAAACUCUCUGCGCGCUCAGUUGGGAGCCAGAGUCAAUGUGGAAUUGGAUGCAGCCCCAUCAAUGGAUCUGAACAGAGUAUUGUCUGAGAUCCGUGAACAAUAUGAAAACCUCAUGGAAAGGAACAUGAGAGAAGUUGAGAGCAUGUUCCUCCAAAGGAGCGAAGAGCUGAACCGUCAGAUGGCAUCUGGUUCUGAACAAUUGCAAUCUGUCCAAACUGAGGUCAUUGAACUAAGACGCAGCGUCCAGACUCUUGAGAUUGAACUACAAAGCCAACAAAGCAUGAAAUCCGCUUUGGAAGGCACAUUGGCCGAGACAGAGGCCACUUUUGGCUCCCAACUUGCCCAGUUGCAAUGUCUGAUCAACAAUGUUGAGUCUGAGUUGUCACAGAUCCGUGCAGACCUAGAACGCCAGAACCAUGAAUAUAAGAUCCUAAUGGACCAGAAAACACAUCUGGAAAUGGAGAUCGCCACAUACAAGCGCCUGAUUGAUGGUCACGACAUCCAUGUUUCUGGACACCACCUUUCAAGCACCAAAGAGGUGUCCCACCAUUCUGUGAAGAUCAUCCACACUCCCGAACACGUCCACCACACCAAAUGUUAAUUGUCCGGAGGACAUCUUCUACUACUAAGCCGCGGAUUCCUGACAUGAUAAAUGCUUAUGACAUGAUAUUGACAUGCUCAUUGUGGAAUUCUUUGCUUCUUCUUCUAAGCAUUCUUAUGGGUUCUUUACUUUAAUAAAAACAUA